CUGAUCGGUCGUAGCGGUCAAGUUGGGAGUGUCCUCUUACCGUUGUAUUUUCUGUGUGAUUGCUUCAGAAGAAAGGGAGGAAAUGAAGCCAACUGUGGCGAUCCUGCUGCUGGUUGUCCUAGUGGCUGCCGUAGGUGGGCAGGUCGAGGAGGUUCUUAAGUGGCAGAAGGUGCAGUACGAUGUGCCGGCCGAAGUGUUGCAAGCUGAAAAUGGGUACAUACCUAUAGGAAACGUGCCCAUGGGAGCGGUCCAUCACAAAAAUCGUGUGUUUGUUGCAGUGGCUCGGCGCCGUUGGGGUAUUCCCUCAACUUUGAACGUUGUAGACUUAACGGCUCCUCUGCCCAACGAUAACGUUGUGCUAAAACCCUAUCCCAAUUUUGCUCUGAAUCAACUACGGUCGGAUUUGCAACCAGAUGCCAACCGGAUUGUUACCGUUUACCGUCCACGUGUUGAUCGUUGUGAUAGAUUGUGGUUUGUCGAUACGGGCAUGAUGGAAAUCCCGGGAAAUUUCACUAUUGUACAGCGUCCGUCGGUUUGGGCUAUUGAUCUUAAGACAGAUACUCCCGUGCAUCGCUUCGAAAUUCCCAAGGAGGCCGUAGAAACUGGCUACGGUCUAACGUCUAUCACACUUGACGUGGACCCAACCGACUGUGAGAAGGUGUUUGUUUACAUUUCCGAUUUACAAACCUAUCGUAUGGUCGUGUACGAUUAUGCCAACCGUCGGGCCUGGCGUUUUCUGCACAACUACUUCUUCCUUAAUCCGCUGGAAGGAGACUAUCAGAUUCAAGGCAUCAACUUCGCUUGGGAUGACGGAAUCUUCUCAAUCGCGCUCAGCAAUCCUGAUCCAGUGACCAAGUUCCGCACGGCUUACUUCCAUGCCCUGUCCUCCAACUCAGAGUUUACCGUUUCAACGAAGGUGUUACGUAACGAAACGGCCUCCCAGCGGGGCUACCAUGGCAGUGACUUCAAACUGCUUGGUUACCGUGGCAGCAAGGCGCAAUCUAGCAUACAUGCCUUUGAUCCGGAAACCGGUGUCAUCUUUUUCGCGCUCAUUCAACAGAACGCAGUUUCUUGCUGGGACUCGAACAAGCCGUUUGCGCCGCAAAACAUGGCGAUCGUCUACAAAAACGAUCGUGAUAUUGUCUAUCCGAAUGACUUGUCGAUCGAUCAAGAUGGCUACGUCUGGUUCAUGACCAAUUCGAUCAUCAAACUGUUGUACGCAGAGCUAAAACUCGACGAAUUCAACUUCUUCGUUUGGCGUGCUAACAUCAAGCAGGUCAUUAAAGGAACCGUUUGCGAUCCGUCCGUUCCACCGAACGUUCACAUGGGUCAGCGCUUCGGCGAUGAAAACAACAACGAUCGUGUGACAUUCUAUGAAUUCAAAGACAAACAUGGCCCAGGAGGAGGUCCUUUCGGUGGCUGGGGACAUGGAGCCGGCAUGGGGCCCACCCGCGGUCGACGUCCGUAAACGGGAAUAAGAAUGAUGUGAGAAUAUAAGAAAUAAAUUUCGCCAAACGGACAUUUCUUCGGGCAACACCC